AGAAGAUGGUGCAGAUCUGGCAGAUGGAACCGUAUCCUUGCGGUGAUCCUCGAUUACCUCAUCAUGUCUUCCCGCCAAAGAUCAUCACACCGGACGAGUUAACGAGGAGAACGGGUACCCUCUAUUAUAAGCUAGACACACUAGAUGCAGUGUCCCUUUCAAAGCGUCUUAAAGUAUUGAAAAUGGAGCGUCAUUUCAAUAAGGAAGACGUAUUCACUUUGGAUGCUGAGACAACAGCGAAUUUUAGAGAUAAGAUCGACGAACUUUUCGAGGAAUCAAACUAUCCCAACGAUCAAGCAAGAAUGAUUAUCGAAGGCAGUGCAUAUUACGAUGUGGAAGACAAGAAUGGUGAUUGGGUCCGAAUUCUUUGCGAGUACGGCGAUUUAAUUUUGAUCCCAGCGAACACUUCGUUCCGCUUCACAACCACUCCCCAGAACUUUGUAAAAAUGAGACGAUUCUUCAAAGGCGAUGACUAAACAAACAAACAAACAAACAAAGGGAGAAGAGGAACAAAGAGAAAUUUCAACAUGUAUAUAUUUCACUAAUAUGGGAUUCUACUACUAAAUUGUGAACACAUUGCCGCUAACUGUAUAGAUCAAAAAUAAAUUUGCAAAAAUUGCUGAAAAA